UAUAAAGCUUAUUCCUCCUAUAAUCUAGAGGGGAUUUAUACAGUACUAUGCCCAAAAACCCAAUUCGGACGACCAUAAAAUCUCAACGAUUCACCGCCGCCGUCGAUUCUGUUCGGCAUCGCCACCGCGCCACACAGAACAUGAAAGGGGGGAGGAAGAAUCUCAAGAGGGCCGUCGAGGCAGAGAUGAUGGCACUUCAACAAGGGCAAAACAUAAUGCAGGUUGUCGAUUUGAGGGGCUCUAAUUUGAUUGAGGUAAUGGAUGCAAAAGGGCAACAUCUACUAGCAAUAUUUCCAGCAAAAUUCCAGAAAAGUAUGUGGAUCAAACGAGGGAACUUUGUAGUUGUAGAUGAAAGUGGGAGAGAGGAGGCCAUCGAAUCUGGCAGAAAGGUGGCGGGCAUCCUCACUCAAGUGCUUUACCACGAUCAAGUUCGUAUCCUCCAAAAAUCCUCUGAAUGGCCAGAGAUCUUCAGAUCCUCCUCUCAGGAGAGCUCAAUGCAAGGUACCCCCAAUCAAGAAGAUGUAUGUUUGAAUGAUGAUGAAUGUUCGACUGAUGAUGAUGAUGAAGGGCUUCCGCCUUUGGAAGCAAAUACAAACAGAGUGAAUCCUUUGCUGUUGCAUUCGGAUGCAGAGUCUACAUCUGAUUCUGAUAUUGAGCAUGAUUCUUAGUUGAUCCAAUUAUGUAUUGAAACAGCUUAUAUGUAUGACAUGUGAUUUGCCCAUUUUGUAGUGUUUAUUAGACAAAAGAGUACAUGCAAAUUGCAUUUUUUUUCAUUUUAUUGAAACAGCUUUUAUGAUGCCUCUUUUCA